CGCAUUUCCUCGGAUCAGCAUACACCUGGCAAUGAGGUCAAAACCCCGCGAAGAUUUGACUUCUGCAAAAUCGCGCUCAAUUUGAGGCCAGUCAGUCAGUACUGCUUUUGUGUGGAGCUAGCUGAGUUUCAAGCAAGAGAAGCAACAGAAUUUAGCAGCACAGUAACAGAAACAGUAUGAUGGCAAGGAUGAAUUCGGUCGAUAAUUACCCAACCAAACCGGGCCAGAUUCAGGUUAUUUUCGGCCCAAUGUUCUCGGGGAAAACGACUGAACUACUACGACGCAUCAAACGUUUUGAAAUUGCCAACUACUCCUGUCUGGUCAUCAAAUAUGCCAAGGACGACCGAUAUGACAAGGAGGGCGUAGCAACCCAUGACAGACAAGUUACCAAAGCAGUAUCCACAGAAUGCCUGUAUGAUCUACUUGACAGCUCAACAAAUCAUGAUGUCAUAGGCAUUGACGAAGGACAGUUUUUUCCCGACUGCAUCGAGUUUGCAGAGGACAUGGCCAAUCAAGGAAAGAUAGUGAUUGUGGCUGCGCUAGACGGAACAUUCCAGAGAAAGGGCUUUGGAAAUAUUUUAAACCUAGUCCCGCUAGCAGAGAACGUUGUCAAGCUGAAUGCGGUUUGCAUGAUGUGCUACCAGGAGGCAUCAUACACAAAGCGAAUGGGCAUGGAAACAAAGCUGGAAGUCAUCGGCGGCGCCGACAAGUACAUGGCCGUGUGUCGUGAGUGCUUCAACAAGCCGGCGCAUCCGUCUCCAACUCAGGAAGAAAAUGGCAACUCCUUUACCACGCCAACAUGUGACGGCACUACCAUCACUUCCAAAGUCCAUGGCCGAAAGCUAUUUCCAAGUCCAUGCAGUGCACGCAACAGUAUAGCUCAGCAAAGUUAGAUUUCCCAAAUUAAAACAAAGAGCACGAAAGAAUAUGAUACAAAGACAGGGAGUUUAAAUGUUUAUAUCCAAUUCUAUUUCAAUCAUUUCUACUUGACUUUCUAGACUUUUAGACCAAACAGUGAAACCCUGAAAUGCUGCAGAUACAUAUACAUGUAUGUGUUCAGACUAUGCAAAAUUAUACAGCUUUCUUAUUUGGAUUUAUGCACGCUUUCUGGAUGAAACACCCCUCGUCAGAUGGGUGGGUCAUCGUUUACAAACACUGACUUAUUCAAAAUACAUGUAGUCAACAGUAUGACCGCUGAAUAAGUGCCAUUUAAAGACACAAUAGGUUCUGACUUGCAAUGUCUUAUCCUGUCUGCAUGAAAAGGUUGCAUUCAAGGGACAAUGCCAAAUGGUUACGGCGCCCAUGCAUGCCAAAUGGUUACGGCGCCCAUGCAUGCCAAAUGGUUACGGCACCCAUGCAUGCCAAAUGGUUACGGCGCCGAUGCAUGCCAAAUGGUUACAGCACCCAUGCAUGCCAAAUGGUUACGGCGCCCAUGCAUGCCAAAUGGUUACGGCGCCCAUGCAUUGUGCAUAGAAGUUCAGUGAAGCUGCGGUCUGUUGCAUUGUACAUAUAUUGUAUUCGAAGUAGAAUCAUUCAUCUGAGAAGUAAACCAUAUGACAUUCCUUUUUAUAAUACAUGUAUUUUAAUGUGUACAGAGGUUGAAAUCCAGUUAGUUUUACAUUUUAAUCCAUAGUUUUCAGGUACAAUAAAAUAGUAAAUGCAAUCUUAA